CGGUUCCUCCAUCCGCACCAAUACAACCUGCACUCGUCCUCGCCUGUUUAGUAAUAAACCGGAUAUCUGCAGUCUUCGAUUUGAAUAAAGGCAGAGGUCAAACACAGGCUGCCAGUCAGACCUCUGUGGGGCUGUUUGUUCUGUGGACGGGAGGUGUUUCUAAAACACAUAGUAGUUAGACACAGCAGUUUAAUCACUAACGGGUUAGUUUACCAACUACCAGGAAACCAAAGGUCUGCUAAACAACUUGUCGUUACCGUCAUGAAAUGUUCCCCCAAGACCCGUUUCUUCACCCCAAAAACAACUGUCUGCGACGUUACGAACACAAGCAGCACAGAAACGGACUCCAGUUCUGCAAGCAGAUCCUGUCCAACCCCAAGUUCACAGAACAUGGAGGAGACGAGGUACCAGUUGCUGCUGCCAGCCCAGAGGGCUUCAUGGAUCGGCUACGCCAUCGCCUCCUAGACGACUACGAGAUGGCUGCCAAGAUAGUAGAGGAGUUCAGGAAAACACAACAGACGUCUCCAGACAAGGUGAACUGUGAGUACAGUGAGCUGCUGUACCAGAACCAGGUGCUGAGGGAGGCUGGACUCUACAGGGAGGCUCUGGACCACCUCACCACCUACAAGGAACAGUUCUGUGACAAACUGGCCAUCGAGGAGACACAAGGAGAGUUGUUUUUGAACCUGGAUCGUCUGGAUGAAGCUACAGCGGUCUACCGCUGUGUACAGGAGAGAGACCCUGAGAACUGGUCCUACUACCACGGCCUGGAGAAGGCCCUGAAGCCUGCUGCCAAAAUGAUGGUGUUUCUGGACUCGUCUACAGAAACCAAAGCCGUGGAGCUGGCCACCUCACUAGAUCAGUCACUCAGCAACAGGAGUAUCACUGUACAUGUGAAGUUUUGGUCUUUGUGGCUUGGUUUUGUGAGUGGCAAUCUGUCAAAAUACAUACAUUGUUUUGCUGUCGUCUAGUGGGUUGGGUUGUUAUGUCGUCUAGUGGGUUGGGUUGCUGUCGUCUAGUGGGUUGGGU